AUGAAUGUGUUGUCAAGAAUGCUAGAUGAAGCUGCCAAGUUUGAAGUGCUUGCCUAUCAUCCUAAAUGCAAGAAGAUCAAGCUAACACAUUUAUGUUUUGCGAACGAUUUGUUGAUUCUCACAAAGGGAAACAAGGAUUCAAUCAUUGGUGUCAAGGAGGUUAUGCAAGCUUUUUACUUGUUCUCAGGGUUGCAACUAAAUUACGAAAAGAGUGAGAUAUAUGCCACAGGAAUAGGCAUGGAAAAGAUCCAAUCAAUUCAACAAGCCACAGGAUUCAAAGUAGGCUUACUCCUUGUCAGAUACUUAGGAUUCCCAUUAGUCACUAGAAGACUCACUGUAAAAGAUUGUGCUCAAUUGCUUGAGAAUAUUACAGCUAGGAUUAAAAGAUGGACUAAUAAGUACUUACCUUAUGCUGAAAGAUUACAGCUAAUCCAGACUGUUAGAGGAGCUAAAGUCAGUUGGGAUGUCGUUUGCCACCCUAAGUCUGAAGGAGGGUUGGGUAUCAAAAACACAAUAACUUGGAACAAGGCAGAAGUAUAUGGCAAGUUCAACCACAGCAAAGUAACAGUUGGGGCUGGAGGAAAUUACUUCAACUUUGAAGCUUCCAACAAAAGAUAG